UUAAGUGUAAAAAAAGAUUCUUGAUUAAUCUUGUACAAAAUGUUUAACUUUUUUGUGUGUAGUGGGAAAGAAUGAAGUGAUGGUGGAUGAAAUCCCUUUUCCUUCCGAGUUCAUGAUUAAUACUAAGCUUUUACCUUUGAUGGGUCACGGAAUAACUGACAUAGAGAUACACUUUCUCCAAAUUAAAUUCACUGCAAUUGGAGUUUACUUGGACCCAGAAAUUGUGUCUCAUUUGCAGCAGUGGAAGGGCAAAACAGGAGCUGAGCUAACUGAAAAUGAUGAAUUCUUUGAAGCAAUUGUUAAUGCUCCAGUGGAUAAGUUCUUGAGAGUAGUAGUGAUUAAAGAGAUCAAAGGUUCACAGUAUGGGGUGCAGCUAGAGAGCGCCAUACGCGAUCGUUUAGCAGAAGUCGAUAAAUAUGAAGAAGAAGAAGAAGAAGCACUCGAAAAAAUUGUUGAAUUUUUCCAGUCUAAGUAUUUCAAGAAAGACUCUGUAAUAACAUAUUCUUUCCCAGCUACUUCUGCCACUGCAAAGAUUUCAUCCACCAUAGAAGGUAAGGAAGACUCAGAAAUUGAAGUGACAAAUGCAAAUGUUGUAGAGAUGAUUAAGAAAUGGUACUUAGGUGGAAGCAGGGGAGUGUCACCUACAACUAUUUCUUCCUUGGCCAACAACCUUUCUGCUGAAUUGUCUAAAUAAAGACAUUAUGUUUAUGUUGUUGUCUUGAUUUGUUAUUUUGGUCUUGUUGGCUUUUGCAUUUAGCCUAUAGUGGAAGACCUUUUGUUUCAAGAUUUGUGUUUGAAAUUAAUAAAGUAGAAGUUUAUUUA